AUGUCUGGAGCUCAAAAAAGAAAAAGGAAACAGAGGGAAGAAGCAUUAGUUCAACAUCAAGCCGGUGAUAUGUUUAAAUACUUUAAUAGCAGCAAAAUAACACAGGGAGAAGAAAUAGUUGAAAACUUGGGUGAAACUUCAGUAGAGGAAGAAGAAACUUGGAAUGAUAAUGUUAAUGAACAAGGAGACUUAGUUGAUGAAUUGAAUGAAGACAAAGAUGAUCACGUUGAUGUCAAUGAAUUAAACGAGAAAGAAGAAGACAAUAUUCAACAUAAAGAUUCAUUGAUUAAUUUUUAUGAUCUAGGGUGUUGGGAUAAAAUUGACCAAAAUGUGAGAGAUUUGUUAGUAGAGAAGGGUCCAAAAAGAGUUGAUGGAGUUUUGUUUCCUAAAGAUAGUAGUGGUAGGCAUUUUGAAUUAUCACAAUAUAAGCGAGUAUUGCUCAAUGGAGAAACAAAUGAUAGGAGAUGGCUAGUAUAUUCAGUUCUUUUGGACAAGGUUUUUUGCUUUUGCUGUAAGUUGUUCAAGACUCAAAAAACAAUGAGUAAAAUUGGUCCGUUGGGAAAUGAAGGAUACAGAGAUUGGCAUAAUAUGGGUCGGGGUCUUAAAAAUCAUGAAGCAAGUAAGGAGCAUAUAUAUUGCAUGACUAGUUGGAUUGAAUUAGAAACAAGACUGAAUAAAAAUAAAACAAUUGAUCAAAGUGUGCAGAUUGAAAUCAAUAAAGAAAGAGAACAUUGGAGACAAGUGUUGAAGAGGAUAAUAGCUGUUGUGCAAAGAUUGGCAAAAAAUAACUUGGCAUUUCGAGGAGAUUGUGAGAAGCUUUAUGUGGAAAACAAUGGUCUUUUUUUGCAAAUGAUUGAAAUGAUUGCUGAGUUUGAUCCGAUUAUGAAAGAGCACAUUCGACGUAUUCAAGCACAUGAGACUCAUUAUACAUAUUUGGGCCCUAAAAUUCAAAAUGAAUUGAUACAAAUGUUGGCAAAUGAGGUAAAAAGUUCAAUUCUUAGAAAAGUUAAACAAGCAAAAUAUUUUUCAGUCAUAUUAGAUUGUACGCCAGAUGCUAGUCAUGAGGAGCAAAUGUCUCUUGUAAUACGAUGUGUGGAUUAUUCAGCAAACUCUGUAAUGGUAGAAGAAUAUUGGGUAGAAUUUUUGAAGGUUGAUGAUACAUCAGGGCUUGGACUUUUUACUGAGCUUAAAAACAUGUUGACCAAUCUUGAGCUGGACAUUGAUGAUAUAAGAGGUCAGGGGUAUGACAAUGGGUCUAAUAUGAAAGGGAAGCAUAAAGGUGUACAGACAAGAUUACUUGAAAUAAAUCCGAGGGCUUUUUAUACUCCAUGUGGUUGUCAUAGUCUUAAUUUGACUUUAUGUGAUAUGGCAAAUUGUUGUCCUAAAGCUAUGUCAUUUUUUGGAGUGAUACAACGCAUCUAUAUAUUGUUUUCUUCAUCUACCAAGCGAUGA